AUGAAAAAGUAUCGGAAGAUGAUUGAAGAGAAGAUUCUAGUUGUGUUGGCUUCUUCAGCCUCAGUUUUGGCUAUUCUAACAUGUCUUGUUGUUAUGCCUUCUCUUUACAAUACUAUUCAAGAUACCUAUGAAGAUGUAAGUUAAACUUUGAAAAAAAUUGACUUCGAUGAUAAGUUCUUUUUUAAUUUAGGUGUUGGAUGGUGUUAAAGUUUUCCGAACUGAAACUGAUUCUGCUUGGACAGAAAUGAUGGAUAUUCAAAUAACUGUUUCACCACCAUCAAAACCAAAAAUCAAUCCAUUCAACAGUGUUUUCCGUCAAAAAAGACAAGGAUUUGGCGGUCUUCCAGCCUGGUGCCAAUGUGAACCAACAAAACCACAAUGCCCACCAGGGCCCCCGGGACCACCAGGUCGUCCAGGACAACCUGGAACACCAGGUCAACCCGGUCAACGUGGAAGAGAUAAUUAUGAUCGACCAACAGCUCCACCAUGUCCACAAAGACAACAAGGAUGCAUCAAAUGCCCACAAGGUCCAGCUGGAAGCCCAGGUAAUUCUGGACCACCGGGACCACCAGGACCAUCUGGACAACCAGGACAACCAGGAAGAAAAGGAAAUGAUGGAAGACCUGGACCAGUUGGGCCACCAGGAGAUAGAGGACAACCAGGAAGAAAUGGAGGACCAGGACAACCAGGAAGACCAGGUCAAGACGGUAAACGAGGAAAUGGAACACCUGGACAACCAGGAAGACCUGGAUUGCCAGGACCAGCUGGACCAAAUGGACAACCUGGACAACCAGGAGGACCUGGAAAUGAUGGUCAACCUGGACCAGGAGGACAACCAGGACAACCAGGAAAUCGUGGAAAUGACGGACAACCUGGUUCACCUGGUAAACCAGCUCCACCAGGAACUGAUGCCGCUUAUUGUGCAUGUCCAAGAAGAUCUGUUAGCUUUGUCAAACACUAA